CCUUGUAAACUAUCAACUUUUUAGGGUAAGAGGUUUGAUUAAAUCCUCCUCGAUUCUCUAUCUUUUUAAAAAUAAAAUCGAUUGAGAGAUUUUGGGUUUGUUCAACAAUGCCAGAAACAAAGUGGUAUUACACAAGAGAAGAGAUUGAAAAAAUCUCUCCAUCGAGACUUGACGGUAUCAACUUUAAGGAAGAGACUUUUCAACGUUGGUUUUACACUUCAUUCCUUCAAGAGCUUGGCCAAAGACUAAACAAUCCUCAGAAAUCUAUAGCCACAGCGAUUGUCUUGUGUCAACGAUUCUUCACUCGACAAUCACUUGCAAAGAACGACCCGAAAACAGUAGCCAUCAUAUCCGUUGAGAGAUGUGUUCGAGAGAUUGAAGAAGAAUGUGUUAACCGGAGAGAACUAGAGAAGCUUGUGCUCUCUACGUUAGGAUUUGAUCUCGAAAUCGAACACCCUUAUAAACUAGUGAUGGAUUGGGUUAAAAGAUCGGUUAAGACCGAGGAUGUUAGGCGGUUAUGUCAAGCAUCAUUUAAUUUCGUUAAUGACAGUCUAAGGACGUCGCUUUGCUUGCAGUUCGGGCCUAGUCAGAUUGCAGCUGCUGCUAUAUAUAUCGGUUCGAGCAUGUGUAAGAUGAAGUUACCGUGUGAUGGAGAGAAAGAGUGGUGGCGAGAGUUCGAUGUCACGAAACGUCAAUUGUGGGAAAUUUGUGACCAGACGCUUGAUCUUUAUAUUCAGGACUUCGUCAUUCCGGUAGCGAGAGGUGAUUGUAAACAGAUCAAGAAUGAUGUAACAAAGCCUUGUCAGGGUCUUCAAGAUUAUAAGGGAAUUUGUCAAACGUAGCUGAUAAGUCAAGUAAUGUUGAUCGUGUACAUGUUGGGGAAUUUCCAUAUAUAGAUAAAGUGUCUUGGCGAAAGUGCCAAAAACGAGACAGGGCUGAGUUUUUAGUUUAGAUGAACAUUGUAAGUGUUUAAAGAGUCUUUUGUUUUCACAAUGUAUUUUCAUUUGCAGAAGAGAUUUAGUUUUGUUGAAACUUUAGAGACAUAAAAUCAUUAAUAUUUC